AUGACUUUUCAAAUGUCGUUGAGGGUGGUCGGCAACUACAUCAGUGAAUUCCCUCAGGACUCUGGGAUGCAUCUUAUUGGGACCCAUAGGCCUAUGGAUGUUCAAGUUCCUCAGGUGGUUACAAAGCUGAUCUUUGCGUACAAUCUUGCCCUAAGGGACCCUGUACACACUGUGUCGUUGCAACAGUUUGUCUAUGAGAAGCUAAAGGCACAACAGGAAUUGCUGGGUGAGCAAGGCUUCCAUGCACUUAUGGAAACCGUGGAUACAGAACCUAAAAUACAUUUUAAUUGCCCUCAUUUGAUUCUGAAACAGAUUCUUUCAAUUUUUCAGCCAUGUACGGAAGUUCUUUUUAUUGAUAUUUUCCAUGAAUAUAAUCAGACUCUUACUCCUGUACUUUUAGAAAUGGUUCACAGUCUGCAAGGAACUACCAACUUGGAAGAUAUCAGUGCUAUACUGAUUAAAGAUGCUGUGUAUAAUGCGGUUGGACUGGCUGCUUAUGAACUAUUUGACAGUGUGGAUUUCGAUCACUGGUUUAAAAAUCAGCUGCUAGCAGAACUUCAGGUUUCUCAUAACAGAUAUAAACCAAUACGCCGACGAGUAAUUUGGCUGAUUGGACAGUGGAUUUCAGUAAAAUUCAAAUCAGACUUGAGGCCUAUGUUAUAUGAGGCAAUUUGUAACUUGCUUCAAGAUCAAGACUUAGUGGUCCGUAUUGAAACAGCUACAACGCUGAAGUUAACCGUAGAUGACUUCGAGUUCAGAACAGACCAGUUCUUACCGUAUUUGGAAUCCAUGUUUACACUGCUCUUCCAACUUCUUCAGGAAGUAACAGAAUGUGACACGAAAAUGCAUGUUCUUCAUGUUUUGUCUUGUGUGAAUGAAAGAGUCAGUAUACAGAUACGACCGUAUGUAGGAUGUUUGGUUCAGUAUUUACCUCUCCUUUGGAAACAGAGUGAGGAGCACAAUAUGUUACGGUGUGCCAUUCUAACUACCUUAAUCCAUCUUGUUCAGGGCCUGGGAGCAGAAAGCAAAAAUCUCUAUCCUUUUCUACUUCCAAUUAUUCAGCUAAGUACUGAUGUUUCCCAGCCUCCGCAUGUCUAUCUUCUGGAAGAUGGCUUAGAGUUGUGGUUAGUGACAUUGGAGAAUAGCCCAUGUCUUACACCUGAGCUCCUGAGAAUAUUUCAGAACAUGUCUGCCCUUCUUGAGCUGAGUUCAGAAAACCUCAAAAAUUGCUUUAAGAUCAUCAACGCCUAUGUUUUCUUAUCAUCAACAGAGUUUUUACAGACAUAUGCCAUCGACUUGUGUCGAUCAUUUUGUGAACUCCUAAAAGACAUAACUACAGAAGGUCAAGUUCAAGCUUUGAAGGUUGUGGAAAAUGUCCUAAAAGUAAAUCCUGUUUUGGGUCCUCAAAUGUUUCAGCCUCUUCUACCAUCAGUAUUCAGGGGGAUUAUAGAUGGAGAGAGAUACCCAAUGCUGAUGUCUACUUAUCUGGGGGUCAUAGGUAGAGUUCUUCUACAAAAUACAAGUUUUUUUUCAUUACUUUUGAACCAGAUGGCAUGUGAAUCAGGCCAGGAGUUGGACCAAAUUCUUGGUAACAUGAUUGAAAUGUGGGUUGAUCGGAUGGAUAACAUCACUCAGCCAGAGAGAAGAAAACUUUCUGCUUUGGCACUGAUUUCACUUCUACCUUCAUUGAAUAGUGUUAUCCAAGAUAAAUUUUGUGGUAUCAUCCACGUUACAUUGGAAAGUCUGUAUGAUGUUAUGACUGAAGAUCCUGAAACAGGAACUUAUAAAGACUGCCUGCUGCUGUCUCAUUUUGAAGAGCCCAAAGUUACAGAAGAUGAGGAACCUCCCACAGAACAAGACAAAAGGAAAAAAUUGGUAAGCUUUAGAUGUUACUCAGUUAUAACUAAUUAGGUAAUUCACUCAUCC